CCCUUCCACUCUGCUUGAUCCAGGCUGGGGUCUAGGGUGAAUUGGAUCGGGGACAGCCACGAGAGCAAGAUAUGCCCAUAGGAAGUCGGCAUUGAGAAAAGACAAGGACAUCCUAGCCAAGAUGAAUGAGGACGAGCAAAAUCACUCUGCCCUUUUAAUCAGGGUUAAAAACCCAGCCGAACCGGAGGAAUUAAAGCCAGGAGACAUUAUUGAGAUUUUCCGUUCUUCUUGUCAGCACUGGGCCCUAUACGUAGGGGAUCAGCAAGCGGUCCAUUUGAUAACUGAAUGUGAACAUUUUGCCGAUGGCUCUCCCAACCCCUUGGCCAUCUUAUCCGAGAGAGUUUGUGUAAAGAAGGAUUGGCUGGAAGACGUCGUCCGGAAGGACAGGUACCGAGUGAAUAAUAAACAUGAUGAGACCCACCCACCGCUACCCCUCUCCAAGAUCCUGUGGCAGACGGAGGAAUUGGUCGGAAAGGAGAUGCCGUACAGCCUGAGCAGCCAAAACUGUGAAAAUUUUGUUAUGGAGCUACGUUAUGGACCGGAAGUGAGUGAACAGGAAGAAAUUAAACCAGGAGACCUGAUUGAGAUUUUCCGUUCUUGCUAUCAACACUGGGGUAUCUACGUCGGAGAGGGCAAAGUUGUCCAUUUAGCCCCCGAAUGUGACCGACUUGCGAAUGGGGCUGCCAGCGUCCUGGCGGUCUUGUCCGACCGAGCGUAUGUGAAGAAAGAUUGGCUGGAAACGGUGGUGCGGAAUGACCAAUACCGAGUGAACAACAAACACGACCAUACGUAUCCCCCUCUGCCCCUAACUAAGACCCUCGAGCGGGCAGAAGAGCUGGUGGGCAAAGAGAUGCCCUACAACCUGACCAGUCACAACUGCGAACACUUUGUCAUGGAGUUGCGAUAUGGCAUUGCGAUGAGUGAUCAGGUCACUGAAGCCAUUGCUGUGGGAACAAUUGGCAUGAUGGGCGUGGCGGCCGCCAUGAUCCGAUCCGCGGCCAAAUGGCGCAAGCAUUACAACGAAUAGCUGGUGGGGAGGGGGCGGAGGCCUCCAUGGCAGGAUUUUUACCAGCUCUGGGGGUGUUUGGACUGCCUAGUGUCUUUUAUUUGCCAUAUUGUUUUCAGACCACCAGACCAAAAAUUAAUCAGAUUUUGUGGCAGAAAGCCACCACCCGCAUCGUGCUUGGAGCCAAUAAAACUCUCUUGAGGACUUAA